AUGCCAGCAGUAUCACGACUGGGCUUUUUGAAGGUCCCACGCCGAGUUAUCUCAUGCCGUGCUAAGAUACAAGAGAAUAUGCCUGAACCCUUGGUGGCGCUGUCGUCUCCAACCCCACGCAUGAGGAACGGUUCCAUGAUAAGGAGCCUUGCAGCUGCUGUCGAGCUGAAUGUCGGUGUAGCCGUCGCAGCAUGUAUCGAAAUAAUUACCGAUCACAGCGUGUUCUUCCCCGUCAACGGCGAUACCGCGAUAACCUACGCUUGCGUGGCCCUGGCGACUCUUGCGUCGUCUGUGGGCAUUGCUUUCGUGAGGGGUCGUGGCGACUCUCCAGCUGCCGGCACUGGUGUCGACAUUUUGGAAGCAGUCUAUGCAUCCCUCACGGCGGCUCAACGCUCUGCUGCGAGCGUCACGCAAGCUCAGUUUUUCCAUCCGUCAUCGACACGUUCAAAAGGUCCUGCGCCAAAAGGCCCCACAAAGCCGCGUGCUCAGAACAUGCCAGUGUCCAUUCCAAUUAUUCCCCUCUUCUCUCUUCUCUUCCUAAGUCUUUUGAUGAUGAUUAGGAUACCAGUCAAUCCGGAUACCGGAUACCGGAUCCGGAUACCGGUCAAUCCUUUCAUAACCUUAAGCCCCCUCUGUAUCCUCGGACUCCACUCUCGCGGUGGCGUUUUUUUCAUCGCAUCUGAGCAGGUGGAUAAGGCGGUGGACUAUGUGUUGGAAACGGUUCUGGAAGGCCGCUUCGACAGCUUCUCCAUCGAGGGCCUUAUGACGGCCUCAGAUGAAGAGCCUUGA